AUGCCAACGUGUAGCACUUGCGGAUCUAUUCGUUCCUCUGAAGAAUUUAUACUUAAUGGUAGCAACUACAAAACUUGUAAUAAAUGUAGAUUCGCAAGAUCUAAAAAAAAAAGUGAAUCAGCCA